AUGCAAUUCAAAGAGGACACUCCUUUAUCAAAAAAAGGGAGUUUGAAUAAGAUGUAUAUAAGUUAAAGAAGCAUGAUUUAAUCAUGCACAAUUGAAUCACCGCGUAACUAGGAAGGUAGAAUUCUUAGAAAAAAUAUAGAUAACUCUAUGGUCUACUCAGAUAUAUUUAAAAUUAACCAUAAUGAUUAUUCUACAAUCACUAUGGAGGGAAUCGCAUCAAAUCAAAGAGACAUUCCUUAGAUAAACUUUAAGACAGACUUAUAAAAUAACAAUCCUCUCUCGCAAAGAGAAGCUGAAUAAUAAUUUGUCAGCUAGAAUAUGAUGAUUAUGAUGAUGAAUAGCUCUGAUAACAGCAAGUUAGCAAAUAAUAUUCUUUACUCUUAAGGAGUUUUAGAUAACAACUAGCAACCUCCUAAAAUAACUAAAAGUAUUUCUCUUAGAUAAAAAAUGGAUUUUACCUUUAAUGUAUCUCUUUCUAUAAACUCAAAACAGAUACAAGACGCAUUCUUUGCUCUUGCAAGAAAAAAAGGAUUUGAAGUUCUUGAAAGUGGUACAGACGAAGGGUUAGUAAUAAAGAGAGAAAAGGUAUCUAUUAUUUCUUAGAUAUGUAGAGAGUUAUUUAACAGAUAAAAUAAGUCCAUCAACUAUGCUAAAGAAGAGAAUCCUCCUUUAAUUAUAAAAAUAAAAAUAGAAAAUAAUACAAGAAAGUGUCUAAAGGUUGUUUAUCUGCAGAGACUUUGUGGUUAUCUGAAAUAGGGAGAUAACUUAAUAGCUAGUUUUUAAUAACAGAUUUAAAAAAUCAUUAAAAAAGAAAGUAAAUUGGAGUAAAUAGAUGAAGAAAUAGUUUUCGAUGCAGCUUUUUCAAAACCCAAAACAACAAAUUAAAGUAUUUAAAAUGCAGAAACUCCCUUUGAGUUAGAACCCACCUCUUACUUUAUGUUUUAUAGAAUACUCUCUGCAGAUAAUUACAGCGUAGGAUAGAAAAUAAAAGAAUUCAUUUCUUCAUUUAAAAAUUGCUACUCCUAAAUGAAUAAAAAAAUGAGGCAUUUAACUGACCCAAUCCAGAAUAUUUAGAUGUUUACAAAUGAAAUAGUUUUAAGCUUAUUUAACGAGUUUAAUUAUGGGAAAAACGAUACAAAGAAAGUCAUGCCAUUUUGUAGAAUAGCUGUAGAGACCUAUCUUUACUCCAAACUAUACUAUUUAAUUUUUAACAUUUAUAAAAUAGCUGUAAGCAUAGAAUAAGAAAAAUUUAAUAACAUAAAUACUAAGUUAAAAAAAUAACAUCCAACAAUUUAAUCGUUAGUAGAAAGAACAGAAUUCAAAAAAUAUUAAAAAUUAGAUAUUUCCUAGAUGGUUUUCUACUUAGAUCAAAUAAAUAUUGUUAAUAGCCCUAGUGAGGCAUUAAAAUAUGUUAGUAUGUGCUUUAAUGCAGCUAAAAUAGCUUUAAUGGAAAAUUAAUAAGAACGCAAACCAGAAGAUGAAUUUUCAUUAGAUCAGUAAGACGCGUUAUUGCUUAUUAUUCUUGCAAUAACAUAAACUGAAUGUAAGGAUUUCGUUGUCAAGAUUUACUUACUUUUUGAUAUAGUGCUAAAUGACUCUUACUAUACAUCAAGAGAACACAAAUGCAUAAACUAAUUAAAAUUUUGCUUGUAAUAUAUGCUAAAAAAUUAUUGA